UGAAAAUUCUGGGAGAGCUUAACAACGAACGUAUCGAGGUAAAGACAUAGCAGAGAGAGCUACCAAGACUUCCACAAAAAUAAUCCCUGCAGCUCAACUUCAAACUUCAUCCAACUUUCCUUUCUUUCAGGAAUUUACAGCUGUUUCUUCAUCCAACAUAUAGCUUUCCGAUCGGAAAGUUUCCAGAAAAAUCAUGGCAGACAUGCGUGCACCACCCACUCCCACAGCCAUGCUAAUCGGCACCGCCAUCAUAGCCGGUCUCAGUGGAUACAUGAUUGGAAUUGCAUCUAGUCUUGGAUUCUUCCCAAUUCCUUUUAUGCCACGAGCACCCAAGGAACGCGGAAUUGCGAAUUACGACGACGAGGAAGAAAGCGAGGAAGAAGAUAUCGAUGCAUCGAUAUUAGACCAUGCGCCCAACUGGUCCAAUGGAUUAGAAGCCGAUAAACGCGAUGGGUUACGAGCCACACAAAACGAGACUGCGAAAAAGAGUGAGAAGCAGAAGGAGAAGAGUGAAGGCGGACUGGUGGAUACCGGAGAAGAAUGUAAAUUGGUCUUGGUUGUGAGAACGGAUUUGGGUAUGACGAAAGGAAAAAUCGCUGCACAAUGUUCCCACGCCACACUCGCCUGCUACAAAACUAUCUCGCGCCAACCCGCCAAUGCAUUGAUUCUACGACGCUGGGAACGGGAAGGUCAGGCAAAGGUCGCGCUGCAAGUAAAGUCUGAAGAUGAAUUGCAAAUCUUACAGGCGCAAGCUAUUAGUUUGGGAGUUGUGGCCGAGCAGAUUGCGGAUGCGGGAAGAACGCAAAUUGCGAGUGGGAGUCAUACUGUUUUGGGAAUUGGUCCUGCGCCAAAGAGUGUUAUUGAUCAGAUUACUGGGAAAUUAAAGUUGUUGUAGACGAGGAUGAUACUCGCAGAUUUAAGGAGGUUUACGAAUAAGGCUCUGAGAAGAACGAAGAUGGGGUAUUGCAGUCCCAAAAUGAGUAUCAUAAAUACUUGGGGCUCGAACGCUCCCGAGCACAGGAUUAGGGGCAAGAAGGAUGAUCUGAGGGAAUAUUGAUUGCUUCAAGACUUAUGGGGAUGAAGAUGUUGAAGACAUCGAAGUUAUGAAACUGAAAUAUAGGGACACAAAAGCGUAGCAUUGCUGGCGUUUAAGACGACCAAGGAUAUACUUGUAGAUAUGAACAGGCUUUGAAAUGGACUCAUACCAAAGCCUCGACCGGACUGGUUUUAAUCCCUAUGCCCCUUUCCUGU